CACUUUGCCAUUCAUCACAGGAUUAAACACCACAGUACCAACACCAGCUGAAUAGACGACAGUGUGAUCAGCCAGCUUGAUUGGCACACGAUAUGGGGUAUAGUGGUGCACCCAAUGACGAUGAGGUGUCAUAUGAGAAGUGGCGCCUGUGUCUGCAUUCCAACCAAUGUCAGCAUCAAGUUGAAGAGGGCAGUGAGGAUCAGAGGGAUGAAUGGAACAAAGACUUGCAUUUCCAGCUGAUUCAGUGACCACAGUAGAUGAAUUGGCAUUGUUGGGCGAAGAUUUGGG